CCCGAGGGGCUCCCCGGCUCGCCGGACACCUAUUCUUUCUCCUCCGGAAACCUCCCGCCUAGCAACCCGCGUCUCGCAUAGGCGGCUCUGGGACCCCGGGACGGGGCGCCAGGCUCGCAGCUGGUGACAUGUAGACGCGCCCUCCGCGGUCCAGCCUCGGCACCUGGGCACCCUUCUGCCCGUAAAGUUUGGGGCUGGGCGCCAUGGCCAAGAGCAGCUCCCUGAACGUCCGCGUGGUGGAGGGCCGGGCGCUGCCCGCCAAGGACGUGUCUGGGAGCAGUGACCCCUACUGCAUCGUGAAGGUGGAUGACGAGGUGGUGGCCAGGACAGCAACUGUCUGGCGGAGCCUGAGCCCCUUCUGGGGGGAGGAGUACACCAUACACCUGCCCCUGGAUUUCCACCAUCUGGCCUUCUAUGUGCUGGACGAGGAUACAGUGGGGCACGACGACAUCAUUGGCAAGAUCUCGCUGAGCAGGGAAGCAAUUGCAGCCGACCCCCGAGGAAUUGAUAGCUGGAUCAACCUGAGCCGUGUGGACCCAGAUGCAGAGGUUCAGGGUGAGAUCUGCUUGGAUGUACAGAUGCUGGAGGAUGCACGGGGCCGUUGUCUUCGUUGUCAUGUGCUCCAGGCCAGGGACCUGGCCCCCCGCGAUAUCACCGGCACAUCUGACCCAUUCGCACGAGUGUUCUGGGGCAGCCAGAGCCUGGAGACAUCAACCAUCAAGAAGACCCGCUUCCCACACUGGGAUGAGGUGCUGGAGCUGCGGGAGAUGCCGGGUGCCCCAGCCCCACUGCGCGUGGAGCUCUGGGACUGGGACAUGGUGGGCAAGAAUGACUUCUUGGGCAUGGUGGAGUUCCCCCCACGGGUCCUGCAGCAGAACGCACCCAGUGGCUGGUUCCGUCUCCUGCCCUUUCCCAGAGCCGAGGAGGAUUCUGGGGGGGCCCUGGGCGCACUGCGGCUGAAGGUGCGCCUCAUCGAGGACCGCAUCCUGCCCUCCUGGUAUUACCAGCCGCUCACGGAGCUGCUCAUGGAGUCUGUGCUGGGGCCGGCAGAGGAGGAUGCUGCUAGUCCCCUGGCUGUGCUGGAGGAGCUGACCUUGGGGGACUGCCGCCAGGACCUUGCCACCAAGUUGGUGAAGCUCUUUCUUGGCCAGGGCCAGGCUGGGCCCCUUCUGGACUAUCUCACCCGGCGUGAGGUGACCCGGACCACUGACCCCAACACCCUCUUCCGUUCUAACUCCCUGGCAUCCAAGGCAAUGGAACAGUUUAUGAAGCUCGUGGGCAUGCCUUACCUGCACGAGGUCCUGAAGCCGGUGAUUAACCGCGUCUUCGAGGAAAAGAAGUACAUGGAACUGGACCCGUGCAAGAUGGACCUGGGCCGCACCAGGAGAAUCUCCUUCAAAGGCGCACCCUCAGAGGAGCACGUGCGGGACGCCAGCCUGGGGCUGCUGACCGGCUACCUGGGGCCCAUCGUGGAGGCCAUUGUGGGCUCUGUGGGGCGCUGCCCGCUUGCCAUGCGCCUCGCCUUCAAGCAGCUGCACCAGUGCGUGGAGGAGCGCUUCCCCCAGGCGGAGCACGAGGAUGUGAAGUACCUGGCCAUUAGUGGCUUUCUCUUCCUGCGAUUCUUUGCACCUGCCAUCCUCACCCCGAAGCUGUUUGACCUCCGGGACCAGCAUGCAGAUCCCCAGACCAGCCGCUCACUGCUACUGCUUGCCAAGGCUGUGCAGAGCAUCGGAAACCUGGGCCAGCAGCUGGGCCAGGGCAAGGAGCUAUGGAUGGCCCCCCUCCACCCCUUCCUGCUGCAGAGUAUCUCACGUGUGAGACACUUCCUGGACCGGCUGGUGGAUGUGGAUGAGGAGGAGGAGGCUGGGGGCCCAGCCAGGGCCCUGGUGGCCCCCUCGGUGAUUGUUCGUGAAGGUUACCUGCUGAAGCGCAAGGAGGAGCCCGCCAGCCUGGCCACACGCUUUGCCUUCAAAAAGCGUUACUUCUGGCUCAGCGGGGAGACUCUCUCCUACUCCAAGAGUCCUGAGUGGCAGAUGCGCUCCUCCGUCCUGGUGUCGCACAUCCGCGCCGUGGAGCGCGUGGACGAGGGCGCCUUCCAGCUGCCGCACGUGAUGCAGGUGGUAACGCAGGACGCCGCCGGCACGCUGCACACCACUUACCUCCAGUGCAAGAAUGUGAAUGAGCUCAACCAGUGGCUGUCGGCCCUGCGCAAGGCCAGCGCCCCCAACCCAGACAAACUGGCUGCCUGCCACCCCGGUGCCUUCCGCAGUUCGCGCUGGACCUGCUGCCUCCAGGCUGAGCGCUCAGCUGCUGGUUGCAGCCGCACACACUCGGCCGUCACCCUGGGGGACUGGAGUGACCCACUGGAUCCCGACGCUGAGAUCCAGAUGGUGUAUCGGCGGCUGCUCCUGGGGCGGGACCAGCUCAGGAUGAAAUUCCAGGAGGAUCCCAACACAGAUUCAAGCCCAGAGGCAGAUGCAGAGAAGAGUUCCGGGGCCACGGAAGGGGCCUGUCCCGAUGCCCUGGCCCGGCAGAGAGAGGCAGCCGCCCGCCUGCUGGAGGUGCUCACAGAUCUGGACAGAGCCCAUGAAGAGUUCCAGCAGCAGGAGCAGCAGAAGGCAGCCCUGGGCCCCCUUGGGCACUAAGGAGAUGCCAGAGCCAGCCUGGAAGGAGGUGGAAGGAGCCAGCGGGCCCUUCUCAGUGCACCCUGGCCCCUUGAGGCUGUCCUGUACCUCGUUGAUGCUGUAGGGUGGAGGCUUCUGGAGAUCUCCUAGUCUCUGUGCCCUAAGUCCAGAACCCCGGGCAUGGAAGCCCUCUGGCAGGGGGCUGGCCUUUGUACUGAAUGAAUCUCAGUCUCUGGGCUGAGGCAGAUGGGAGCGGAUGGGAUGAGGACCCCGACUCAUUCCGCUCAGUGGAAGGUCUCUGCUAAACCAGACUGGCCUCUGCCCACACUGACCAAGCCAGCCUGGUCCUGAGCUGCUAGAUACAGCUGUACGUGAAUCCCCGAUACCCACGUGGCCUUGUUGCCCCAGACAGGCACUAAAGAGGCUCAGCCCUUCCUGUUUUCAUGUCUGCCAAUCCGUGUAACCUUACUGAUCCUCCUGAACCCUGCCUUGCCGAGAGUCCUAACCACAAGCUUCCAGAAUCAGGUUCCCUCGGGAAUAACAGAGGCUUGGACCCCAGUGUGCCAGACUUAGAUCCUUGGAUCCUGGGAGACCUUGGGCUAGGUUCCGAUCCCCUCUUUGAGCCUCAGUUCAUGCUGUAUAAAAUGAGGGAGUGUCUAGAUGUGUGGUUGUCAAACUGGGUUCCACGGGGCUGGCUUAGGAGCCAGGGAGGGGGUUUCUUAGACUGUGGUCCAAAACUCACCCCCUAGGUUGUCUGCUAGAAAUGCAGAUUGUUGGACCCCACCCAGAUUUACUAAAUCAGAAUCUGAGGGAGUGUGGGCACAGGGAUCAGGAUUUUUAACAAGAUCCCCCGGUGAUAUGGUCGAACACAGGAUUUGA